AUGCCUAGUGCCCUCAGGGCUCAUAAAUCGACAUGUCAGAAGCCUAAAGAAAAGGUCAAUUGUCAGUAUUGUAACUUGCCUUUUAACGCACUCAGUAUUGGAGCACACCAAACUUCUUGCCGACGAAAGCACAAGAAUGACCUGAGUGACAAUUCAGAUAUAGAAGCUCAGCCUGAUGAAAGCUCAGGGUCUACAUCAGUCAUCGUCACAGGAAGUGAACCUGCUCCUAUAGAAAUCAAAAAUAGUCCUCCUUUAUUUACCACGGUUGGCAACUCAGAGCCUUAUGAGGAUGAUGAACUCAGCUAUGAGAUUGAUGAUAUCAAGACCAAACACCACCUUCACAGCAGUCGACCAACCCAAAUUGAUCAUUUUGAAGACUAUGGCCUUUCUUCACCCAAGGAGCCACUUCUAUUUCAUAAAUAUGGAAAGCCCUGGUACCCUUUUACAACCAGAAAAGAUUUUGAAUUUGCAGAGAUUAUCCUCAAAUCUCAGAUGAAGGAGGAGGAUGUUAAUGGAUUGCUUCAAAUUUUUCAAGACUGCUGUUCACCUGAUGUGCCAUUUACACUGAAAAGCCACCAAAACAUCAAAGAAAUAUGGAAAGAGGCUUCUCAUAUGAUGACUCCACAAAGUAUUGGACAACUGAGAACCACUUCAAAUUCCAUCACCAAAACCUCUGGGAUUGGGUGUUGGACCUUGUGGGAAACCCCCAGCUUGCUCCACACUUUGAGUGGGAUGCACAGUGGCUGUAUAAGUUUGAUGGGCAACAUUUUAUCUGAUUCUACCAUGAACCAUGAACAGCAGACAGGCAGUGGGCAGUUCAAUCACAUCUUCCUCAAGAUGGAAAACCAUUUUGCAUCAUCCUUUAUGCAGAUAAAGCGAAACUAUCAUCAUUUGGUCCAAGAAGAUGAGAGUGAGAAAGGAAAAAAAGCCUAUGUUGACUUCAAAACAGUUGUCUGGCAUGAAUCUUUUCGAAAACUCCUUGAAUCUAUUCGUGACCAUUCAAAACUUGGAUUCUGGUUCAAGUGUGGUGACGACAUUCUCUGCAGACUUUUUCCCUUGAUUUUAAUUCUUUCAGCUGACUAUGAGGAACAAUGGGCUUAUGCCCUUGUCCAGUUUGCCUUGUUCCAUCUGACAAGCUUUCUGAUGCUUCCACAAAGUAUCCUCUUUGGACAGGAGAGGAAAAUACCCUCAGAAUCAUAUAAGCAGUUAAAUUCUGACGGUUUCUGUUAUCGUUUGGCAGAUCCAUCACCAUUCGCCACAAUACUGGAACACCUUUGUUUCACUUGCACCACCGCCUCUGCUCAACAGCUGCUGAUUCUCAAUGGUUUGACACUGACCACUCAGGUUAGGAACAACCGUUUGCUGUCACAGCAGCCAUUACCUCCACCAACUUCCCCAAGUGUUUCCAUUCUGCUCUCAUCCCCACUCAGUUCUCCCCCAUCAUCUUUCUGUCUUUCGUCCGACUCUUAUGACGAAAAACAUGCAUACACACAGUCAAAAUCAUUUUCUAAGAUGUCUACACUGGCUUCUGUUGAUCCCACCAGCACAAAAGCACCUAUUCUCACUCAGGGUGACAUCUCUCCAGCAGUAAUGAUGGAUUUUGAAAAUGCGGCCCUUGAUUUCUUCAUAUCCAAGUCCAUCCCUGCCAACAAACAAGUGACUAUGAUUAUCCCUGGGAUCAAGGACCUUCGUAUCCAUGACUGGAUUACUGCUGAACAUGCUCGCAUCAUCGUCCUACCAUUUGUGGAUUUCAUGACUGAAAUGAGAGCCAAUUAUCUUCCCCUGAUUGGGAAGACCAACUGGUCACAGAAGCUCCUUAAACUUAACUGUCUACUUCGAGGCACACCGUCUGCUUUUGAUGAAGCAGCAUUGCACAAUCAUCUAGAAGCGCAUCUCAAUGACAAACUCAAAGUGAAAGUCAGACAUAGCGAUGCUCGCAAGGACAAGGUUUUUAAAACCUGGGUUAUAGCUGUCCACCUGCUUGAUGAAGCCCGUGCUCUUGAGACCAAACAUCAGCACAAGUCCCAUGAUUGUCCUAAUGGUUUCCCAGCUGGCAAGAACUAUAAGACGCUAACUGCCGCAGAUGCUAUGACUGCUAAGAAAGGCAAGGCAGUAGCGAAACCUACUACCAAGCCUGUCGCCACUACCAGCACAUCCAUCGAAAACAUCAACUCUGAUGAUGACAUCUCUGUGGCUGCAGCAAUUUUACCCAACUCCCCAGGAGAAUAUAACUCCAAUUCAGAUGGGGGGAUUUGUCACGUCAUGAGCUCAAUUGAGGAUUUUCCAGUGAAAACACGUGCGUUGAUUGACAACGGUGCGCACCUGGUCCUCAUUCGCCCCAAGCUUAUUGUCCCUCACUUCCUUAGACUCGUCUUGGACUUUGUGCACUGUUAG